AAAAAUAUUGCGUCUUUAACUGUAUCCCAAACCCUAAACCCUCCUUCAAUCCAGACCCGCCGCGAUCCUCGCUACGUACCGUCCCUCUGCACCCUUAUCUCGCCGCCCUUACUCCGUCCGGCAACUCCAUCAUUCUGUCUCCAUCGCAACAGUUCUCAAAACUCGCAGUUUUGGAGGUCCUGAAAAAACCAUGACGAAUCCUGAAAACAAUCUGAUCAAUGAAGAUAACAGGGAAAAAGAAGCAUCUCAACUUGCUGCAUUGUUGAAAGAAAUGAAGGAAGGACUUGAUACUAUUAAGCGAAAAAUUCAAACUAUAACUGCCAAGGUGAAAGAUCAAAGUUCUACAGCAGAUGGAUUCAGUUAUCUUGAAGCUAAAAAUUUGUUGCUUUUGAAUUAUUGUCAAUCUCUUGUUUAUUAUUUGUUGCGAAAGGCUAAGGGUUAUUCAAUAGAAGAACAUCCUGUUGUUCGAAGUAUUGUAGAGAUAAGAUUAUAUUUAGAAAAGAUUCGUCCAAUUGACAAAAAACAACAAUACCAAAUCCAAAAACUAAUUAAAGCUAGUGAAAAUGGAACAAGUAAUACCGGUGAGAAGGAGCCUGUUGCAUCCAAUAAGAGCGACGAUGUUUCAAAGUAUCGUCCAAAUCCCAACAAUCUUAUUAGCAAAGUGGAACCAACCGCUGAGGAUGGUGAUGGUGUGUAUCAUCCUCCUAAAUUUGCCCCUACAUCUAUGGGUCUAGAUAAAUCUUCAAAGCAAGAUAGAAAUUCCAGCCGAAGAGACAAAGAAAUUCUGAAACAAGCUAAGCAAAGUGAUUAUAUUAGGUCAUUGGUGACUGAUAUGGAGGACAGACCUGAAGAGAUAAAAGAUUUUGAGGGAACUAGCAGAGAAGUGGAUAAGUUUAUUAGCAAAAUGGAGGAGCGGGCUAAACAAGAGGAGGAGCUGUUCAACCGUGUUCCUCUUACGAGAGAGGAGAGGAAGAGAGAGAAGCACUUGAAGAAAGCAACAAAUGGGAUGCAAGGUCUAACAGAUAAUUUAUUCGAUGAAAUCAAAGGAUUACCCUUUGAAGAUGAUACUGGAGAGCAAACAAUGCGCUUUAAAAAGGGUAGCAAAAGAAAUGGGAAGUUGAAGAAGCGAAAGAGAAAACAUUGAAGAAAAUUUGGGUUUCGACCUACUACAGGACUAUGUUGCUAGUUGGAAAACACUGCAUGCUGUUGGAGGAAGUACUGCGAGGGAGUGUUGAUGCCAGAGUUGGAUUUGGUGCAUUGCAGCCUCUCCGGCUUUCAUAGUUCUCUUCAAUUCCUAUAUGUGAGGUGUGGAACUGUAGGGCUAAACAAGUAGGGUUCUUAGAUUUAAUUUUUUGUUAUUUAUCAUCAGUCAUCGUCAUAAUUAGAGUUCAUCGAGAACCUGGAUUUGAAAUUUUAGAAGAAAUGCCAUGAUUGUUUAUUGGCUGUUGUAUCUAAACAAGUAGCGUUUGUAGAUUUUGAUUGUUUUAAUAUUACCAAUACUAUUAUUAUCAUAAUCAUCAUCCUAAUUUGCCAGGAUGCUUAGUUUA